ACAAUGUUUAAUCAAACUGUCUGAACCGUAAAGUGCAUUCAGUUAACAGUGCGUGCUAUAAUUUGUGAUCGGUAGUUAUAAACGGUGUGUCAAAAAAAUAUCUGUGCUUUGAAAGAAAAUGUUUUUUACAAGCGUUUCCUAAUUAAUGCCGCCGCUUUCAUCUUCUUUAAUUUCUAUGGAAGCUUGCCUUCGCAAUGGAGACAUGGUCAGUGGAAUAUCAUUGCCGAGUUCGACAUCGAGCCAGAUUAAAGGAUUUUCCAGUACCGAUGGCUCUUUAUCCCUUUACACUGCCUUAUUCGACUACUCUGCUCAGGGGGAGGACGAACUGUCCCUUCAGAGGGGUCAAAUAGUUGAAGUGUUAUCAAAAGAUGCCAAAAUCUCAGGAGAUGAGGGCUGGUGGACGGGAAAAAUCGGCGAUAAAGUUGGAAUAUUUCCUUCAAAUUUUGUUGCCGAAGACGACCCCAUUAGCGAUGUCAAUUCGGUUAUGGGCGAUAUUCAUCCCCAAGAAAUUGAUUUUAAUGAAUUGCAACUGCAAGAAGUUAUUGGAGUUGGGGGUUUUGGCAAGGUAUAUCGUGGGUUUUGGAACAACCAAGAAGUGGCUGUGAAAGCAGCAAGACAAGAUGCUGACGAAGACAUUCAAAUGACAAUUGAAAGUGUUCGACAAGAAGCAAAGUUAUUUUGGUUAUUAAAGCAUGAAAACAUUGUGUCUUUACGUGGUGUGUGUCUAGAAGUGCCUAAUUUGUGUCUUGUUAUGGAAUAUGCUCGUGGAGGCUCUUUGAAUAGGAUUUUAGCUGGUCGUAAAAUUAGACCAGAUGUGUUAGUAGAUUGGGCCAUUCAAGUAGCUCGGGGUAUGGAUUAUUUGCACAAUGGAGCUGCCAUCAGUUUGAUACAUAGGGAUUUGAAAAGCUCAAAUGUUCUGCUGAGCCAAGCCAUAGAAAAUGACGAUUUUCGCUUCAAAACUCUCAAGAUAACAGAUUUCGGUUUAGCCCGGGAAGUCUACAAGACCACACGCAUGUCAGCAGCCGGCACUUACGCCUGGAUGCCGCCCGAAGUUAUUAAGACGAGUACAUUUUCUCGAGCCAGCGACGUGUGGAGCUACGGGGUUCUGUUAUGGGAAUUGUUAACUGGGCAGACACCAUACAAAGGAAUUGACGCUCUUGCAGUAGCCUACGGAGUUGCUGUUAAUAAAUUGACGCUGCCAAUACCGUCCACUUGCCCGGUGAAAUGGAGAGAUCUAAUGGAAGCGUGCUGGGAAUCGGAUCCACACCGAAGGCCGGACUUUCCCAAGGUGUUAGAAGCGUUGGAUGAUAUAGCCAGGUCGGCCUUCGCAAAUACACCACACGAAUCAUUCCAUUCUAUGCAGGACGACUGGCGCAGAGAGAUUGAAGAAGUGCUCUUAGAAUUGCGCAGAAAAGAAAAGGAACUGCGAUGCAGAGAAGAAAUUCUGAAACGAGCGCAACUUCAACAAAAACAACACGAAUACGAGUUACGUCAGAGAGAAGAAGACUUAGAUGCACGAGAAAUCGAACUAUUAGCACGUGAAUUAAGGAUAAUGAUAAAUGGACUAAAUGCACCCGAACCCUGCAAAAGACGUGGAAAGUUCAAAAGAUCUCGAUUAAAGUUGCUGAAGAAAGAACCUGGUCAGAUUAGUUUGCCAUCAGACUUUCGCCAUACUAUAACUGUACAACAUACUGCAGUGAGUGAAAACGCGAGGCAUCGACUUGAAACGCCUCCUGGUUCACCUGCCAUACCAAGACUGAGAGCAAUAGCUUUGCCUUCGGACGGCGUUAAGGGCAAAACGUGGGGUCCUUCAACGCUUCAUCAACGCGAGCGAACUGUUCUGCCUGGUGCCAUGCACCGUGCUCAUCAGCGCGGAGCUCCAGCGUUUAGUAAAAGCGCUCCUAACCUGGACAAGACAAGACCUCAUGGGUCAGGAACACUUCGAGUGCAGGAAUUAGAUUACAGUUCUAGUGAAUGGGGUCCUGAGAUGCCAAUUGCAAUGGGUUAUCAAAGCAGGGCGACUGAUAUACCCAUGCCUACGCUAUACACAGCUGAUGGCGUGCGCCCCAGAGCGAAACUAUCAAUUGUGGAAUUAGUUCUUUAUAAUAUGGCAUCCAUGUUAGCCAGUUUUGCUGCAGGCUAUGAUGUUCGAGUUUCUAACGUCUCUCCUCUUCAUCCCAGGCUGCAACCUAAUAGGCCAGAAGACGACGAGGAGACAUCAUCACCACCUUACAGACUUCCCAUAGAACCGCCAAUGCAGAGAUCUUUACCUCCUUUAUAUCAAGAUGAAGACGAUAUGCUUAGCAAAUAUUCUGAUUAUCAUUACAACAAUCAAUCUGCUCCUGGUGUCUACGCGCAUCAUACUUACCACGGGCCUGCACGGCAUUCAAGGGCUGCGUUAAUGCCUCACAAUACAUCAGGAGUUUGUGCACCGGGAUAUGGUUUGAUAGGCCAUGUGACUGGUGGCAUCUAUGGAAAAGAGGUUGCAGGGGAUGAAAAUAUUAGGCCUUUAAGGUUUACUGAUUCGCCGCAACAUUUACCAAACAGCGCCAGUUCGGGAGGUGUGCAUGCUCAUCAUCACACAGGUGUACCACAAACUCAGACGUCAUCAACUUUGCUAUCAGAUACCGCAACAACAAAUAGUAAUACUUCUGGUGUUGGAUCGACCCUAUUAAGUGGGCCGCCACCUACGCCUAGUCCUCGGCGAAAAACCAGUUCAGACGCUGGUGACUAUUCAGUCAACUCUGAUCGAGUUCCUGGCAUAUAUAUUCCUGGGAAUUAUUUGCCCAAUGAACUUCCUCCGGAGGGAACUUAUUUAAACAGUUAUGCAUCACCGUAUAAAACUGAGAUCAAUCAUGGAUAUCAAUAUGAUAAGAGUGAUUACGCUGGAAAAUAUUCACAUCACAACACAUCGGAUUAUUUGAUAAAUCAGUCAGCGAACUAUCAGGACAAUUAUUAUCAAGACUAUAAUGCGUGUUACGAUCGCAUGGCUGUGCCGCAAGUAGCUCAUAGACGAACCGGUUCUAAUGCUUCCUCCGCAAGUUUAAGCGCUGUGAACCCGGGCUAUGUAAUCGAAUCCGAUGAAAUGGCCUUGUAUUCCAGUAAACGCAGUGAUAAUUCAGACACCGCCUACCAGGACUAUCUGGUAAGUCACCAAUGGAAGCAACCCAGCGGUGCCUCAACUCCACAAAGAGGUGGAGAUAUAUGUUACUCAAUGCGAGAACAGGCUGAUCGACCAGGCACCUUAGGCUUAGGCUUGGAAUUAGGAGUAACAAAAUUACGUUCCAGUUUAAAAAAAUAUAAUUCCCAAAAAACUUCUGGUUCCCGAAGUGGCGGUUCGUCGGGCGGUGGCACGCCUACUAAUCCUACCCCUCCAGAUAGUCUGACUAGUGAUGACUCCUCUUACCUAAGUGCGAAAGAUUCUUCCAGUUCCCAUUCCAGAGUAAGGUUUAGCCCAGAAACUUUACUGGAUGCUGCUGUAUAUUCGCAAGGGCAACAAAGUUUAGAUACUGUGCAAUUGAUUUCUAGGAGAUCCAGAAGAUCGGAUAGGGACUUUCCAUCAUAGCGUCAGCAGGGUGAUGGUUUUAUUUUUUUGGUUGAAAAUUGGACACCGCAUUUUAUGGCAUCAUCUUGCGUCAAAUUUUCAGUAGUUCUCACUGAUUUAGAAAAUUGCCUCUAAAGGUAAUGUCCCUUUGAUUUGCAAAAGUAGAUGGCAAUUUUCUUUUAGCUUACUAAGUUUUUGAAUUACAAAAUCAGACACACAUUUAAAACUUAAGUAAAAAUUUGGGUAGACUGAUAGUCUAGAGUUACUUAAUAAG